AUGGAAAAUUUCACCGAUGCUAUUGUAAUGGGAGACGAUGGAAUGAUCCUGCCGCCAGGGUUCCGAUUCCACCCGACUGACCAAGAGCUCGUCAUGGAGUACCUGCUGAGGAAAGUUGCCGACCCGGAAUUCUCCCCGGCGGCCAUAGCUGAAGUCGACAUGAACAUGCAGGAGCCAUGGGAGCUCCCCUUAAGAGCGAAAUUGAUGGGAAAGGAGGUGUACUUUUUCUGCCUGAGGGAUAAGAAAUAUCCCAACGGGCAGAGAACCAACAGGGCGACUCCAUCGGGGUAUUGGAAAGCUACUGGUAAGGACAAAGAAGUUUUCCAGGGAGGAAUCGUGGUAGGGAUGAAGAAAACCCUAGUUUUUUACCUAGGGAGAGCUCCGAGGGGGGAGAAGUCCAAUUGGAUCUGCCAUGAGUAUCGAUUGGAGGGAGAUUUUGGCGUCGGGAAGGAUGAUUGGGUCGUGACUAGGGUUUUCCAGAAGCGUACUGUGGGGUUUGGGGAAGAUGACGUGGAGGGGUCUGAGAAUGAGGUGGCUCCGGUGGCGCCGGCGCCGGCGGUGGAGGUGGCGCCGGCGGUGAUGGGUGGUGGUUUUCAGGACCCGUUUCUGGCGGCUUUUGUGGGGUCUUAUGGCGGGGAGUUUGAUUUAGGGUUGGAUUAUUAUUCUGGGUGGUUUGCUCCAGGUGUUUAUCCUGAGGAGGAUAAUCUGUUUGUUGGUGGGGAGGAUUUUAUGGAUGAGGGUUUCUGGACGGGGAAUGACGUGGCGGCGGCGGCGUUCGAGCAGGGUGGUCCGAUGAUGAUGUCUGAUGAUGAUGAAGAGAUGGGAAUUGAUGCCGGAUUUGGAGAGGAGCCUGGGCCCUCGGAUUUUCCUGCGCCGGAAGAUCUGGACCGUCCCUGGAACUGA